AAAGAACGAAAGAUAAUUUCAAACCAGUUCCUUUAUUCGCAUUAUUUUAUCGUUCAGAUUUACCAGAUAAUAUAGUUGUGGCUAAUGAUCCAGAUCCUUCAUUAGAUUUCGAAGAUGCAUCGAUUAAAGCAAAACAAUAUUUCGAAAUGAUGUGCCCUGGUGAAGAAUUUUUACCGGCGGGACCUGAUCCUGAUGAUGAAUUUAAUGUUGAUUAA